AUGGCGCCACUCGUUUGGCUGGCCGUCAUCCUGCUCGGCCUGUUCCAGUCCACUGCUCAGCUACCCACAACCAGCUCGCUUGAGACCCGCCAGAGCCCAUUAUACUUCUGCUACAAUGACGCUGAUGCUCUGGAGAUGCGUGACGUUCUCCAACACGCCAUCCUGCCCUUUUGCAGCGGUGCAGCGUCCACGCCUCACUUGCUGAGAAGUGUUUGGUACGCCGCCUCUCAGAACACGCUCGAGACUUCGACUUCGCUGACUGUUCGUCCCGCGAUGCAGGGCAACCUACGUGCUCCCAACUGGCAGCACUGUAAGGCUUCUCACAUUUAA